GAGGCAAAUUCKAUUUUGAUAUGUAUAAUAUGCGUUAAUAAAUAUGUGCGUAGUUAGUUUUUAUUAAUUGGUUGACACUAGAUAAUAUAGGUAUUAUACGUACCUAUAUAUAUAUAGGUACGUUUAAUAAUAAAUAUUUUUUAAAAUGUCUAUACAUUGUUACACUCCUACUGCAGUAUCCAAUCAUAAAAAAACUUGUGAUGCUUGGAUCAGCAUUCAUGGAAAUGUUUAUGAUAUUACCAAUUUCAUUACUGUGCACCCAGGAGGUGAAGAAGUUCUUGUUGAAGCAGCGGGGACAGAUGCAACAGUGUGUUUCGAUAGUAUAGGACAUUCAGAUGAAGCGUACAAGUUGAUGAACGAUUUAAAAAUUGGGAAGUUAUCAUCAAAAGAUGAACAUCCCGGUGGCGAAGAAGUCUUAUUGGAACAAGCUGGCAAGGAUGCGACAGAAGAGUUCGAAGAUGUCGGACACUCGAGUGACGCACGUGAAGUAAUGCAAAAAUACAAGAUUGGAGAACUUAUAGAAGUAAGUGUUUGAUAGAGUGUCUGAGUAAGUGUCCUAGAUGG